ACCGAGUAUAAUUUCCGAAUUUUCUAACCUCAAUCAUCCGAGCGUGCAAGUCUCAGCGUAGCGCAUCGCCGAGUUUCUCUUAUCACUCUCUAAAUAUUUCUACUUUUUACUUUUUUCUUUUCUAAAAGCGUGUUCUCCUUAUUCAGUUCUACCAUUCUCAAGCCUUGAUUCGAACAUCAUCAUAUGGAUAAUAACAUUGCUGUGCAACCAGUAUCACUAUGAUUUGCUCCCGGUAGUAAAGUAAUCCAGGCAUCAUGAGCCAGUUUCUUAUUACUAAGUACUCUCUCAGCAAGUUUUUUUCACUCGAAUCUGCUGUUUACCCCAAAUUUUUGCAAAAAACUGCGCGCAAACCUGUGCAGCUCUUUAGACACUACUCGAGUGAAAGUGGGAAUGAACCUGUAGCAGCCUCCGGUGACUCAGAUCAAUCUGCAAAGCCGAAAGGUUCCUUUGCCGAUGCAUUCAAAAGAUAUACUGCGCCGCCCACAGUAAAGCCUCGUCAAGAAGACGCCUUCGCCACGUUGUUGCGCAACUCCAAAUUUAUUGAUUUAGGUGAUCCUAAAGGGAAAAGAGUAAUCGGAAAAAUAUUCCACGUUGUCGGAGAUGAUUUGUACAUUGAUUUUGGAUGGAAAUUUCAUUGUGUUUGCACCAGGCCAGCAACUAAUGGAAGCGCAUAUGUAAGAGGCACAGAGGUUCUCCUCAGGCUAAAAGACCUAGAGCUGUCCACGAGAUUCCUUGGAGCAGAGAAAGACUUAACUAUCUUGGAAGCAGAUGCAAUUUUAGUAGGUUUAGUUUCUACUCCAGUCAAAAAUGUUACUACUGAUGCAUAAUUGUUUAUUUCUCCCAAUCAUCUUUGUACAGUUUGUUGUUUUCAAUUUUUUUCAGAUCAAAGUAUCUUUUUAAAUAUACAUUAUUAUAUUAAUGCUAGUUA